CAGCUACUGCAUCUGUGACAGCUGGAUUCCCGACCAGAGAACCGGCUACCGGUACAUCAUCUACCCCAUCACCAGAACUGACGGUAGCCGAUACAGGACCCUCCUCUACCUGUUUGUCCGGCACCUCCGUAUCCUCCACGUCAUUGUCGGCUGUGUCUUCAAUAUCCCUGGGAACGUCUUCACUAAGUCCAAAUAUGCCCUCUGCCUUAUGUUCACUCUGCUGCUGAUGAUGACCUUGACCCUGGUGACCACGGGGGUCAUCAAGGUGGAGCUGUACGGGGACCGGAUGAUCAUGAAAUCGGCGGGAACUUUCCAGUCUCUGAUGUCAGAGCUCAUUCUGACGUCAUUUAUUGGCUCCAUCAUCUCGUUCUUGAUCGUCCUCCUGGUGAAUUUUAUAGGUCUCAACCAGACGGGCACACAUUCACUCAACUGGCCUCAAAGUAUCCGGCAUGACGUCACGCUCCCGCCCCUGCCGGAUAGGCCGGCGCCCUCCCUCUUAAACAUGACGCGCCCCGUGGAUAAAGCCGCGACGCCCACAGAGACGCCUAAGAGACUUUCGAAUAAAUCCCCCCGAUCAGAAGUCACAAGUUUUUCCGAUAACCGGAGCCCCUCGGAUGACGGAACGACCGUGGGGCCGUCGGUGGAGGAAGAAACGAACCGGAGCGACAAUGCGGGGGAGGACACCCCCCGUGUGCGGAGAAUGUCGAGCGUUUUUUCUGCGAAAGGUGGCGAGCCCGUCAAGAGGGACGCCGAGAUCGGUGAGGUCAUCGCCAAACAUCGGCAGCGGAACCAGAGAAUCCUGAAGAGCAUCCAAGAUACGGGCGUGGACCUGUCAGCCUUCAGGGCGCGCAGAGAGAGAUCUCCCUCGGAGGCGUCGUUGUUCUUGUACCACAUUUUUCUGGAGAAUCUGCACCUGGACCCCCAGUGGCAAAAGGCUCAAGACAAAGGCAUCAACUGGAUUUCCAUCGCGGAGACGACGGUGUUGUGUGUCCUCAUCUUGACCAUCAUCUCCAUCAGCUACCUGGUCAUCUUCUACGGCUUCCACAUGACGGAAACUGCCCACUACCUGCUCGUCAGCUUCGCCACGUUCUUCAUCGUACAGGCCAUCAUUCAUCCCUUCUUCAUCAUGGUCGUCGCCUUCAUCGUGUUUGAGAAAAAUCCGCUCUUUAAGACUGAGGCUGACUUCAAGUUCAAAGCUUGCCAGAGGUACCUGUACUCUGGUCUGAAGAUUGGAACCCUGCUCAAGUCUGACCCCAAGAGAACCGUGUCCUACAAACACACGUACCUCUCUACUGCCUGGAAGUUCAUCUACCGCAAGCACACUCGUAACGUGCUCAAGGAGCUUGGGGUCCACAUCCCGACGGUGGAGGAAAAGGGGGUCGGGGCGGUGGGGGACAUGCCGGCCCCCAAACGAGGCUCGGACUUCCAGCGCUCGGCCCUGCUCUUCAUCUUUGUGGUGGUUGUCAUCAUCAACUUCCAGAGCGGCGACGUCCUGAUGCGCUACCAGCAGACGAGCUUCUUGAGGCAGCUGUUGCAGGUCGGCCGGGCAGAGGUCAGCAUCAACACGUUUAUCAGCAUCGACGACUUCUGGAACCACCUCAAGUACAGCUUCCACAUGAAGACACACAACUGGCUGUCCAACGCCAACACCACCACCAGCUUCAACAGCCUCCCCAACGUCAGGAUACGACAACUGCGGGUACAGCCGUAUGAUGGGAACUGUACCGAAGACUUCAACGAACUCAUCAGCCCCAGAUGUCACUUUGACAUCGAGAGAUCAAAGGCAGAGUUCAAGAACUACGCGCUGUCGUGGGGCAAAAUUACAAAACGUGAAGUCCUGUUUGGUCCUUUCAAAAAUGAGGAGGGCGAGAUAUUCAAUACUUGGGAGCAUAGGUACCCCUCUGAUGGGUACAACGCCAUGUUUUCGGUGCGAGCAAAGAAAGCUGAAGAACUCGAUUACCUGAAGAGUCGACAAUGGAUCGACGAAUACACUCGGGCGGUGCGAGUCGAUCUCGCGUUGUUCAACGCUGACACUCAACUCGUCACGUCCAUUGUUCACGUAUACGAGUUCAAUUCCGUGGGCAUAUCCCAAGACACGCCCCAAGUCUACAGCUUCCCCCUCUUCUACAACCCGACACAGAGCAUCGUACUACGUGGGUUCAUGGUGGUCAUGUUGAUUCUCACAGUUCACUACAUUAAGGAGGACAUUGUACAGAUGCAGGACCAAGGGUUAAUGACCUUCCUGAAAAAACCUAUGUCCUGGAUCAACAUCAUUGAACGUGGCAACUGUGUGAUCGUGAUGAUACUCUUCGUACAGGAAUAUUACAUUCGGAAACAAGCGAUUCUCGACGUACAGAACAUCUACUUUGAUAACAAAGAUUCCCAGACCUACAUCGACUUCACAGAGGUGUCUGACAUUGCUUACAAAAUUACGUCAUCCUCCUGCGUUCUGGCACUGACUGUUUUCUUAAAAGUUAUUUUACAGACAAGAAACAUCGGGUCACUGCUGAUAUUCCUGGAACUUGUUCCCCCAGUUCUGGCCAUCACGUACAUUCCUUUCCUGGCCAUCAUGGCCUUCUCCUCCACUGGGUACCUCCUCUUCAGCGACUUCUCAGAUUUCCGGUCCGUGACGUCAUCGACGUACACCGUCACUGGCCUGCUGCUGAACCAGGACGUCAUACCGCCGCUAACCGGCCUGUACCGGAUCUGGGGGCCCCUCUUCAUCGGAACCAGUAUGUCGAUUCUCAACUAUGUCAUUGUCAACUACUACAUCAUCCUGCUGAAUGAGAAAUAUUCUAGAAUCUGUGAGGCGGUGCGAAUCAAGACGGGGGGCAAGGUGACGUUUCUGGAUGAGAUCGGGACGUGGAUGAAGCAUAAGACAGUGGAAUAUGAAGAGCUGGACAGUGAGGAGGAGAUGGUCGACCACAGCGAGGACAACCAACAGAUUGCCGUCAAGGAUUCUCACAGAGGUUUUGAUUUCACAACAUGGAUAGAACAAGUACAGGAAUCUAACAAGUAGAUCUAGCUUUUCUCACAAGUAGAUCUAGCUUUUCAAAUAAAUAAAAUGAAAAGUGUCCAAUAUAAUAAAAAUGAUUUAAUAGUAUCCAGCUAUGCUUACUGAAGGCUUCAGUAAGACUUACUCGUUCAAUGCUAGAACUAGUAAAUCAGGCAAAUAUAUGAAGGAUAAAGUACUUAGAAUGAUCCCACCCCCUCCCAAACUAUCAGCUCAGGGUUAGAGCUAGUAUCAGUUGACAAACACUUCAUGAUGAAAUGCACUGAGCCCUAUCUAUUUGUAAAUCGUGAAGUUUGCCCAGUGUCAUUUAAUUGAAACUAUGACAUUGCAAGAUGCAACAUACUUACUAAUGUUUUAGUGUAAUAUAACAUUUUAAUUUCUCGUGUUAUCUUUGGCCAAUGAAUAAGAAACUUAAAAAAUCUGCAUGAUUAUAGUCACAGAAGUGCUUUUUCAUGGAGUUAUUACUGUUGAAUUCUGGAGGCCAUUUUACCAGUUUGACAUAUGAGAGAGGAUUUCUAUCAUAGAAAGUUCUCAUUCACCCAAAGAGAAGAACCAAUUGAAAUAGCUGGACUACCUACUGCUUUUGUAACAUUUUUAUCAGGUUCUGUGUUAAAGCUUGAUUACUAAUUACUAUUAAUUUGUAAACAUUAUGUGACAGAGGUGAGGAGCCUGUUGAAUAAUUAGA